UCCACUCUCAGCAUCGUGAAAAGUAGCAUAGACUCAAUAUCAAAAUUACUCUGAAUCCUCAUGGCUGAAGCGACCGUUAAUUCGGCUGAAAACCGCACAGAAUCUUCAAUUUUAUUAGAGGAGACAGAAAAGCCAUCGACCGAGGGUUUUUCCGAAGAUGUAGUGAUUCAAACGAUCGAAGAGAUGGAUCACAACCCUGAUUGUUCAGUUUGUUUACAGUCUUGUUUUUAUCCUGUAAAACUUCCAUGCGGACACAUUUUCUGCUUCUUGUGCAUCAAAGGAGUCAUUUUGCGGAGUAAACGGUGCGCUCUAUGCCGUCAUUCUCUCAGCGUAGACUACCUGGAGAAUCCAACGCUUAUCAAAGUUGUAGAAGAAGUUAAUAAGGAGGAAAAAGCUGCGAAAUCGAAAGAGAAAUCUUGCGACGAAAAUGACGCGGACGAGUUUGUUUGGUAUUACGAGGGUCGUAAUGGAUGGUGGUCUUAUGACGAGAAAACAUCUCCUGAAUUAGAAAAAUCUUUUAAGAGUGGACAGAGAUCUUGUACUUUACUAAUCGCUGGGUUUCUGUAUGUAAUCGACUUUGAAAAUAUGUUUCAAACACGUAAGAAUGAACCUGGUAGAAGGCGAAGAAUCAAACGAGAUAAGAAGGAUGUCGAGAGCAAAGGUGUCGCUGGAAUCCGCAUUCCAGCCACAUCGAGAUUAAAUCCAACCGCUCCUACUCCAACUUUAGACCCCAUAGCAACUGAUAAAGGAGGUAACACUGAAAACCAACCCGAAAGUGAGCAGUCCUCAACAGAACUGGCAACCAAUGACACCACACAGACCUCAGAGGAAUCUGCUGAACAGGCUGGAGAUACGAGCGAUACAGACUCUGUAGCUACUAGGUUAGAAGAAGCAUCUAUUCAGUAGUUAUCUACAGCCUUGACCACCUUACCGCCCUGAUCUAUAGUGACUGAAGAUGUUGUGCCAAGUAAAGUAGGAACACAGCUUUCACAAGAAAAUGGCAAAGGAAAGGAAAACUGAGGACAAAUGUAACUCACAACUCCAUCUGACGGCCAAAGCAAAUGCAAAAAUUCUUCAUCUUCAACUGUCUAGUUGAACUCAAUAGCUGUAAUUUUCUUGUGUAUUUUUUCCUACACUUGAGGCCAUUUACUUCUUUUUUACUUCGAGUUGUGAUCUGCUUCUUGUUAAUUUUUCACUUUUGUUCAUAUUUGCUUUUUUAUUACUUUAGUUUUGUUUUUACAACACUCAAUUCAAACGCAUUCCAAGGCACUCUAAAGGAGACACA